GCCUAAACAGGCGUGGUCUAUACAUGGCGACUAGCACAAGUGUCCCAACUUCCCGUUUUGAUGGUAAACUAGACGCUCUACUCAGAAGAGAGCUCUCUCAAAGCGAGUACGAGAGAUUAGUGGCUACUGAAGUUUGCAUUUCUGUUCCAAGAGGGAGCGGGAAAAGGACUCAUGGUCACGUGAUCAUAGGUCCUUCACACCUUUAUUUUGCACCAAUCCCAGUCAAGAAAAUAAGACUACUACUAGCUCUCAGUGAUAUACUAUCAGUAGCAGUGAUUGAUGAUCAGCCUGAUUUCUUAUCCGGCAAAGAACAAGAGUGUACCGUACAUUUAUCCAUUGAGUACAAACAGAAUGAUCAGACCACACCUACAUCAUCUCCUAACAAAAAAAACCUUUUAACAACAAGCCCAACCCACUCUCUUAAACUGACACGCCCACCAGCAGUCUCUCACGAUGGAGAGGGCCAGAAGAAGCCGGAAUGGUUGGAUCUGUUUCUUCUACAAUCCGAAACACUCUUCGUAUCUUACCUCAACUUUCAUUUGGAAGAUUUUCAAUUGGGCAAAAGACAGUACAAUACUUUGAUUUUGGAUAAAGAAGGAGCAACCCAAAGGUACCACUCUCUUAAGAGUGACUUGUACUCUGCUCAAACAAUACAAGAAUCAGCCAAACUUUACCUGGAGCUAAGCUCAGCUCUUGGACUCUAUUUCCAAUUAAAGCUCCUCUACUGGCAAGACAAUGGAGAACUGUUACUAGAGAGUCUCAAGGACAUGAAAAAAUGGAAUGAAUCACCGCUAGCUGAUGUACUGGAAUACAAGGUUAUCAUUACCGAAGUUAUUCUAAAAGUAUUUCAGGAUACACUGGUAUCUAAGCCCAAACUAUCUCUACUAAAGCGUAACAAUGGUCAAACUCUCUGUGAGCUCAGCGAAUGUUUGUUGGAUGCUUUUGUCACGGAUUCAUUAAGUGAUGGGAAACUGAUGGAUGAGUUGUCUGUUAAUUGUUGUGCCAUACUCUAUGAGUUAUCAAGAGUUAUACAACAGAUGAACUGGCGUGGAGGCUGCUCCUUUAAUUUAUCCGAUUGGUCGCAAAAAUGUAGCACUAACUCUGGCCUGCCACUACUUCUUAGCAAGAUGAUCAACAAUCAGAUAUCAGCUCUUUCCAGUGAUACUGAUUCAACGGUUAACACUGCGUUAAUAAACUCUAGCACUAUACCACUGCUUCUCAUUUGGGUGACUGCUAGUUCUCAAAUUUUAGAAAUGUGUAGAUCCAGAUAUAAAGAAGAGUUUCAAUAUGCCAUACAAUCUAUUGGUGUCAUUUUGAUAAGUGAAAAACUGAAACGUCUACGUACUUUAAUACUAAGCUGAUAUAGUAUGAAAAAUAUUAGUACAUUUCACUGUUUAUCAUUUAUCUUCAUCAUUAACAUUAUUAUUAUCAUCGUUGUUGUUGCUGUCAUUGUUAUUGUUUGCUUCUUUGGGUAUCUCGUUAUUCUCCUUGUCACUAUUACCCUCCUCGUCCUCCUCGUCUUCACCAUAUUUACUGUAUACCUCAGGAUAUUUUUGAAAGCAUUCCUAUAAAAUGAUAAAGUUUACUGACAGUCUGGCACACAUAGGCAAAAUUAUGUGAUCUAUGUAAUUCCAUGAUGCAUGUACAUUUCAUUUAUGAAUAAUAUCUAUGUUGUCUGUUAUUUUGACUUACUUGCAUUACUUUAAA